AUGGUGUGCCAAGCAGCGAGCAAAACAAGAUUCCGGGCUUUGAAACAUGAGAAUGGCAUUGAAGGUGAACCAACAAUUAUUAUUAGAGUGAUAGCAUGCUUUCAACCGUUGCACGAUUGUCAGGCUGAGUACUUCCGUCAUUUGCUUAAGCCUAUAAACAGCAAGUCAUUGAAAAUCCCAUAUCAAGAUCUACUGGCUCACUGGUCUUGGCCUUACCCACAGCAAGUGGCUUGGCCAUCACCCUACUUAAAUAGCUCCUGCACCUUAGCAGAGACCAGUUCAUGUGUUCAUUCAUCAUACAUGAACUCUAGCACAAGCGUCUUUCCUGCUGUCAGCUUAUUUCCCAGGUUCACAGCUCCUGCUAUUCCAAAUUUGAAUACUGACCAGACCAAUGAAGUGCAAGGAUUCCUUCAGCAUCCCAUUUCAGAACCAUGUUUGAAUGAAACACAUACUGGAGGGGCUAUGCAAAGUGAAUCUUUGCAGAAGAAGUUACUUAUCUUUGACCACUCUGGUAGUAAGACCAGGUUGCUUUAUAGUCCUGUCUUCCCUUUUGUUCAGAGUCCAAUUGUUACUGCUACCCAAUUUACUCAAGUUUAUGAUGUAAACGAGGAAGCACAGGAAAUUAAUAUGGGCCUAAAGCAUUGGCCCAUAUACACUUCACCACAAAAGACUGGUAAGGAUCAUAUAGAUAAUGAAGAAAGUGAAAUGCAUGAAGACACAGAGGAAAUCAAUGCAUUGCUUUAUUCUGAUGAUGAUGACGACGAUGAUGAGGUAACAAGUACAGGUCAUUCUCCGUUGCUUACUGAAAAAACUUGUCUGACUCAAGAACAGUGUGGGAAUACGAAGGAGGAGGUUGCUACCUCUGAUUGGCCAAACAAAAGGCAGAAGUUAAUUGAUGGUGGAUUCAAUAGAUUACCGCCACUUGUGGACGGUGCUAGUUCCGAAAGGUUAAAUAAAAUGUGUUAUGCUGAAUCAAACUAUGCUAGUAGUGGUGCGGUGUAUGCUUCAAGGCAAACUGAAGAAGAUAAAUCAACAGCCUCUGAUAUUCAAUUGAAAAAGGAUAAAAUCCGUGAAUUGUUGAGACUUCUUGAGAACUUCAUUCCUGGGGCAAAAGGAGAACAUCCCCUAUUAGUCAUCGAUGGUACUAUUGAGUACUUGGAAUCUCUGAUGUCCCAAACUGCAAUAAAGGGGGCUAAAGCAGCAAUAGAUAGUACUACACUUUUCCACUACAAUAUGGGCUUUGGCUUGUACACAUAUCAUGCUAGCGUAGACUAUAAAGUACCAAGAAAGUUCGAUGUUGGGGCGUGCUUGAGUGAGGAGUUGGUGUUUCAUCAUGACUUGUUGGGGCCCUUUCUUGGAUACACACAGAAUGUUGUGGUAAAGGUUUCUUUGUUUUACAUGUUGAGGGUGGAAUCACAGAAGGAGGUAAGUCAUGAACAGUGGUCACGGGCUGUACAGGCAGUGGUCACGGGCUGUACAGGCGAUGGUCACGGGCUGUACAUGCAGUGGUCACGGCUGCAUGCAGCCAACUUCACGUGGUCACAGCUGAUAGAAGUUGGAUCUUCGCCGGCGGCCACCUUGGUUGGUACGUUUGUUUUUGGUAUAUUGUCGGAGGAACACCGCAGGUAUGGUUCCGUGUCUUCUCGUCAUGAUUCGAAAGACUAUCGACCAUUUGUUAACACUCGCUCAUUGUUGGACCUGAAAGUUUUGCCAAGGAAUCGAGUCGCGGGAUUGAAGACAAGGUAUAAGUAUUAUGACAAUACUUACAUAUGA